CUAUUACCAGCUUUACAGAUAAAUGAAGUCUAUCAGGCGGUGCCUGCUUGGGUGGCGAUGUUAUCGUAAACAGUACCAAGAAUCUCAGCCUCAUCCUCUUCUUCUUCCUCUUCCUCUCACUCGCGCCCGUCCGUGCAUCAUUCAUCCUCUGCAUUUCUCCUAAAUUCCUCCUCCUUCCUCUCAAAUUCGUUCUCCUUCUGUGUGAUAUUGAUAUAUAAUCUAUCCGAUCUCUGUUGCAUUUCUGUGUAUAUCAGUCUCCGUGUGGUGUAUUACGGGAUCUGUGAUAGGUUUUGACUCGAAGACGGAACGGGAUGGGAAACACGAACGGGAGAGAAGAAGUUGGCGAUGAUCCGUCGGUAAGAUCUGGUAUCCCUAAUUCGCAUCCUCCUGGACACGUGCCUUCUUCGGAUUCUAUGGGAAAUUCGCCUCCUGGAAGUCCAGGACAAUCUCGAUCUCCUCUCUUGUUUGCUCCUCAGGUUCCAGUAGCUCCCCUUCCACGGGGUGAUGGCCCUCCAUUUCCCAAUCAGAUAUGGCCUAACGAAUCUCAUGGAGUUGUAAAUGAUGCUUCAGAGCAAGGAAUUCCUGUCAUUAUCACAUGGAAUUAUGGUGGUAACGAUGUGGCAGUGGAAGGAUCUUGGGACAAUUGGAAAUCAAGGAAGACAUUACAGAGGUCUGGUAAGGAUUAUUCGGUUAUUCUUGUUCUUCCAUCUGGCGUAUAUCAUUACAAGUUCAUUGUGGAUGGCGAGUGGAGGUAUAUUCCAGAUUUACCUUUUGUUGCCGAUGAAAUGGGCAAUGUCUGUAAUCUUCUUGAUGUGAAUGGUUAUGUGCCAGAAAAUCUGGACAGUGCAGCAGAGUUUGAAGCUCCACCAUCUCCAAGCCACAGUUACAGUCAGAAGUUUCCUGGUGAUGAAGAUUUCGCGAAGGAGCCUGCAGUAGUUCCACCCCAACUGCACCUGACCAUCCUUGGCGAUAACCAAGAGGAGUCAUUGUCAAGGCCCGACCAUGUAGUGCUUAACCAUCUUUUCAUAGAGAAAGGAUGGGCGUCUCAAUCCGUUGUUGCCUUAGGGCUGACUCACAGGUUCCAGUCCAAGUACGUCACCGUUGUACUGUACAAGCCGCAAAAAAGGUAAUAACUCUCUUGUUCCUCAAUCUGUAAAGGAAAGAAAACAGCAUUUCAAAAUUGUUUUUGAAUGGAUCUCUCUUGUUUAUACAGCUCUAGACAUUAGUGUGUACCGACCCACGUUUGUUUCAUUGUAUGUAACAUUCUUUGCAUUCAGUCAAGUCACUGGUAUUUUUUCGGCCACUAUUGCUAGUAGUAUAAGAUAGUUGGAAUCAUCUCUGUGCUUUUCUUAACUACUUGGGGUCAAAGUCUUCCUUGAUGAGCCAUUACGGGUAGUAUUGA